AUGUCGAAAGAUAAAUAUCAAAAACAAGGAGAUGCCAUUUUUGCCAAAUUAGAAAAAGUGCAUCAACACAAACUAACACCUCUCCUGGUGCAGAACUCAGAGCUGCUCUCGUUGACCUAUGGCGCUCUCGUGAGUCAACUCUUAAAGGACCUAGAACUGGUGGACGAAGUGAAUGAGCAGUUGGAGAAAAUGGGAAAUAACAUAGGCAUACGACUGGUCGAGGAAUUUCUGGCCAAGUCGGACAUUUCGUUUUGUGAAGAUUUUGAGGAGACCGUGGAGGUCAUAGCAAAGGUGGCAUUCAAGAUGUUCCUCGGCAUCAGCGGGAACGUAACAUGCGUAGACCAAGAGACGAAUGUGUACUCCAUAACCUUUGAUCGAAACCCGCUGAGCGAUUUUGUGGAGCUCCCCAAAUCUCUGUCGUCCCUCAACUAUUGCAGCCUGCUGUGUGGGGUCAUCCGGGGAGCCCUCGAGCAGAUCCGCAUAAAAGUGAACUGCUACUUUGUGAAGGACAUGCUGAAGGGAGACGACUACUACGAGAUGUACAUUCAGCUGUUGGAGGUUAUGAAGGAAGAAAUUUUAAAUGACGAAGAGUCGUGA